AUGGAGGACAGUGACGAGCAUCAGGAGGCUCCAUUUGCGUCUAACGUAGUUGAGGGAGAUAUUAUGGUAGGCGGUAAGAACUUCGGUUGUGGUUCUUCUCGCGAGCAUGCUCCUAUCGCUAUCAAGGCAGCUGGUGUGCCUGUAGUUAUUGCAGCAGAUUUCGCUCGUAUCUUCUAUCGUAAUGGUAUCAACAUCGGUCUGCCACUGCUGGAAAUCGGUGAUGAUGUAAAGAAGAUAAGUCAUGGCGAUAAGCUGCGUGUAGAUACUGCAACUGGAAAUUGCCAAUGCAGGCGGUUUAAUCAAUUAUACAAAGAAUAA